UUUUAAUUGUUAUUUAAUUGUAUAAUAAAUCAGACGACAAGUGAUUUGAUUAUAUGCUUGUAUACAAUGGGCUUAAAUGUGAGUUCACUAAACAAUUUGAAGCAAAACCAAUACUUGUCUAAAUUGGUGUCCAAUGAGCACAUGUCAACUGAUCCCACGAACGAAGACUUCUGGAAUCAGUUGUUGUCUUUCGCUUUCGACAAUUUGCCACAAAUUUGUAAUGAUCAAAAGUUUUUCGAUGAAAACAUAAGUCCAUUGCUUUCGAGUCUAAUUGAAAACAACUUGAAUUCACAUAAUAUCGGAUCAAUUGUUCGCAUAUUAAUCAGCAAAACAUCUCAAUUGAAAGAUGGCAAGAGUGAGGAUCAGAGUUUCAAUCUGAUUGUAUGGCAAACAUAUAAUUGUCUUUUCAUCACACGUUUGGCCGCAAAGUAUUUAAUUGAAAGCCACACCGAAGACAAUAUCAUUCGCCACUUCACCGCCAAAGUGGACACAAAUGAUAAGAAAUCUGAAGAGUCGGGUCUUGUGAUUAUUGAACAGCUAUUGAUUACAUUGAUUGAGGUCUUAGUUGACAUUCCUUUGAGUGAUAUGACAUAUAAUCUGCACUUAGAGGCCAUGAAUGGUCUGCUGGUGCUGUUGUCAACACAGAUGUAUUCGGCGCGUCCGGCAAACAAGUCCUCAAUCUAUAGAUUAGUGAUGCAAAAGAAGUGUGCGAUUCAUGCCUUACUCUUAACCAAAAGUCUGUUAAACAAUUUUAUGGACCAAAGACCGGCGCCUGUACUCCAGGGCGGGAGUAUUAUAUUGGGUUUGGCGUCCGGCCUCUGGAAUGUGCUCACUCUGGGCUAUGGCAACAAAGGGACAGAAAGCGAGAGUCCGGCCCAUCUUUCACGACAAAGUCUUCUUCUGCUGCUGGUGUUGACCAAUCACUGCACCACUGAAACCAAUCCCUACAGAGAAGCGCUGUUCAAUUGUUGUGAUUCCCAAAUGGAUUCACAAAUAGCUGCCGAUCAGACGGUCACUGGAUUUAAGUUAGAGUUCGCAAAACUGUAUAAAACUCUUUGCUUA